AUGCGACUUCAGAGUUUUUGAAUAAGAGUUGUGAUUUUUGCCUGAAUUGCUAGUCAAUCAAUUUCAACUGAAGUUAUCAUCAUUCAACGUGACAGAAUCAGCAAAUCCACCUCCUGGGAUGAAACAAUUCUAAUCAAUUUUCUUCAAAAUUCCAGUGUUCAAAUUGACUGGCACAUUUGCCCUUUUAUGUUAGCUUAUGAAUGCAUUGAGUUUUAUCCCAAUUCAUAUAUAUUGUUAGAUCUUUCUCAAGAAAUAACUUCUCAGCUUUCAAUAUCCCAGAUAUGCAAAGAAUUUAAAAAAGUUCACCUAAUUGUCCAAGAAGAUUUUAAAUAUUAUGAUGAUUGAACUUAUUCUGUAAUUUCUUCAAAAAAUCAAAGAUUAAAUGCAUUUUUUAGAGUUUUAGAACAUUAUAGCUGAGAUAAAGGAGCAAUUUUCACAAAUGGGCUUAAUAAAGACAUAUUUUUAGAUUUUUCGACAGAAUUUGAAAUUUUGACAAUAAAAUCAAAAACUGAUAUUGAAGAUUUAGUAAUGAGAGUUGUCCCCGCGCUAGGAUCAACUCUUUAUUAUAUUUUUACUGAGCCUUAUCAGUCCAUCUCCAUACAAAAUUAUAUAACAGAGGCAAAUUUAUUAUCAAGUGGGAAUGGAAUUAUUUUAAAUCAACAAAGUGGGUACAAUUGCACGACAGAAGGAGCAUUAAUUAUCACUGAUAUGGGUUCGGAAAAUGCUGUCUCUGAAGAAUUAUACUUAAAAUCUUCAAUUUUAAAUAUGCUUACUAUUUCGGCUUUAAAUUGGUCCAAAAUAUCGGUAAAUUACUUUUAUAAUAAUUUUUUUUGAAUAGGUUUAAUCAAGAAAGCACGUUUAAAAUGCUAUUUAAACUGCUCGUACACUAAAUAGAUUAAUUUUUGAAUUUAUUUUUCAUAAAAUUAAAUUGAAAUUUUACUUUUUUAUUUUUACAAUUUCUUUAUAGAUAUAGGGAGCUAGUGAACUUGGAAAAUCAGAAAAUUCUAUUGAAGCAAUUAACACGUUAAGAUCCAAUUGGCCAUCUGCUCCAUUUCAUUUGAUUGAAACAUUUUGAUAUGUGGCAUUUCCUCAGGUAUUUUUGGUCGAAUCUUUUUUUCCUCAUAAUAAAUAUUAAUGGUUUUUGCCAAGGAAAUGGAGAAAAAAUGUACAACCAAAAGUCCGAUACAAAAAAACAGUUCUUAUCUAAUGACUCAUAAUUUAGGCCAUCCCAUUAUAGUCAAACUAAUUUUUUCCUUAUCAAUAUACAGAAUAGUAAAAGAGUAGUUAUAGGAUCAAUUGAAAAUGGGCAAUUUGCCUUAAACAGCAGUGCAAUUUUUCCUGGAAAUUUUAAAUCUAUUCCAAAAUCAGAUAAAAAAGUUUUAAGACUUAGCAUUGAAGCUGGGACUACAAAUCCAAAUUCUUCCCCAUCAACAGUUGGGGCUAUAGCUUCCAGAGGGUCUUAUUUAGCUGUAGAUUACAUAAAUUCAGAUAUCUCUGGAAUUUUAAGCAAUUUCCAGCUUGAAAUGUUAACCUAUGACUGUGGUGUUACUGUUUAUAAUGCGGCUUUUGCUGAGAAUUGUUUUAAAAAAGAUUUCGAUGAGUUAGGACUAGCCCAUGUUGUUUCUUAUGCAUCAGCCAUGGCUCUUGGAGUUUUAAAGUUAUUCAGCUCUUUGAAUUGGACUAUUCCAAUGAUAGGAAUUAAUUCUGAUUCUUCUUUUAAAUCACCUUUUAAAAGAUAGACAGAACAAGUAGAUACCAGCCCUAGGGAAGUGCAUUCAGUUCUUCUAGAAGUGCAAAGCAAGUUUUGCCUGAUCAGAACACCAUGGGAGGCUUUCUAGUUCCAAGAUGACAGACCGAAAGCGCAAAGUAAAGGCCUGAAGAAGGUAAGAUAGUCUAGAAGGAGACAUUGGGCGCUUCCUCCUUACUCUGAGUGCUACCAAUAUUAAGGGGGUCCAAUUCCGCAGGGUUAUACCCGUGCAUUGUCGGUGUCUCCCUGAGAGAGACUGCUGAUUCUGGCCAUUUUUGGCAGUGUGACUCCGGUGCUUAACGUCACCUUGAGUCUGAAGGUUGAAAUCAUUACUAGAGACCCGCUAUAAAUAACUUAAUUUUAUUUUUUAAUUCAACUGCAUUAUUCCCAUGGUAUCAAAGGGUUUGGCCUUCAGCUUCAUUUACAUACCCUUUAAUUGCUGUUUUAUUCAGAUCUCUAGGGUGGCAAAAAGCAGCUAUUUUAUACCAAAACGAUACCUGGGGUCGGAGUGGCUAUUACUAUUUCAAGGUAGGUACAAGCUCCCAUGAUAUAAACCUAGUUAACCCAGAAGACUCAAGAGCGAUUCCUGCAGGACUUGAUAGACCUGGAAUUAAAAACUAUACAAAAAUAAUUCAAGGGGUAAUCGAUUCUCAAGCAAGGCUUGUGAUUUUUAUCAUACAAAUCCCAUUAGUUCUAUACGUAUUAGAGGUUUUUUAUGAUUUAGGUCUGAGAAAAGGUGAUAUAUUUAUAUUUACUGCUGUCCCAGACACUUUAGCUAAUAUUUUGACCAAUGAUGAUUUUUUAUAUAAAAGACUAGAAAUAGGAGUCCCUAUGAUGACAUUUCUAGGUGAACAGUGAGUUGGAAACUUUGGCCAAAGUCUUUAUUCACAAAUGCGGCAAAAAUAUAGUAUAAUAAAUACCUGAUGAUAGUGCUCAAUGUACCAUCAUCGAGCAAAACCAGAAAAGGGCUCCACACGUGGAACCCAUUUACCGUGUGGAGCCCUUUUCUGGUGUUGGCCGAUGAUGACGCAUUGAGCGCCAUCAUCAGGCAACUUGUAUAAUACAGCCCCAAGCUCAUAUGCAUGUCAUUAUUUUGACAUAAUUUAUUUAAUAGGCCAUGCUCUGGAUUUCAUGAUAAACCGAGGACAGGAUUAUACAAAUCCUUAUAAGCUUGAAAAAGUUAUAAGAAUUACACAAUUUGUGGGCUGUUCUGGAAGUGUGGAAUUAGAAAAAGAUAAUAAUGAUAGGUUUUUUUCAACAUUGGAUGUAAUUGCAAACAAAAUUGAUGUAAAUGGAAGUGUUGUAAAAUAUCUUGUAGGAGAAGUUAAGCCUGUCAGUACUAAGAUUUUACAUAUUAUUAAUCCACUUAUUUAUCCUGAUGGAACUGCAAUCAAGCCAGCAGAUUUAAGAAAUCAAGAUAGCGAAUGUCCUUUUCCUGAUAAAGAGAUAAAAUCUUUUACCAAUGGAAAAAUUCUUGUUUUUUGCAUUUGCUUUACUGUUGCUUUAAUAUCUAUGGUGAUUACUUUUAUUAUAUGAAAAAGAUGAUGGAAUAUCCCAGUCGAAGAACUUAUUGAAAAAAAAGAAAUUUCUUUUGAGGACGCAAUUGUUGGUGCUACGAUUGGAAUAGAGUUUUUCCAAUUUGCCUCAAUGGGGCCUAACAUCUCAGAAUUAAGCUUAACUUUAGGUAACUUCAGCAAUAUUCUAAUUUUAGAAUUGACAAAUAUUAUAAAACUCAAAAAUGGAGUGUUUUGGAUUAUCGUUGAUGCUGUCUAUGGGUUAAUUUUGGCAUGGAUAUCUAUGUGCAUUGUAACUAUUUUCCGCUUAGAUGAAAAAUACUCGAAAUUUUGAAUUUUUUGGGCUAUAAAUUGGCUUUCUGAUUUUUUGAUGCCCAUUUUAGGAAAUUUAUGUUUUAUUCCUUUUAUUUCAAUUUGUCUUGAUAUAUUUGUUUGUGAUCAUUCAAUAGGAGAAAAUUUCACAGACAGUUUUCUAUCAUAUGACUGCUAUUAUUUCUGCUGGAAAGAUGAGCAUCUAGUAUACGCAAUUUUAUCUAUUUUUGCCUUACUUUGUUAUGCACCCCUUGCAGUUUUUUGUAGACCUCUUUGGCAAGAAUUGCAGCCCAUGCUGCAUGUAAAAGCUGCUCCUCAUUUCUUAAUGAUAAAAACAAUUAUUCAAAUUAUUUUAAUCGUUAUGAAUAAAACAGUGAAAAGAACUCAAGAUAUUACUCAUGGAAUUUUAUUUAUUUUAGUAAUGAUCAUUUACAUUGUUUUUCUUUUCAAAUUCAAGCCUUACAACUAUUCAAGAUUUAAUUUAUGACAAAAUUUAAGCUUAAUUGGAGUUGUGUGGCUAGCAUUAUUGUCCAUAGUAGUAUUGGGUACAAAAGGUAAUUCUUUGAUAUUAACUGUCUUUUUAUUUUUGGGCUGGCUGGCAAUAAUAUUUUAUGGCCUUUAUAUCCAAAGGAAAAAAUAUCCAAGUUUAUUAUUUAGAAAAAAAGCUCAUGAUACUUCAAGCUUAUUUAGAUUCGCUUUCACAUUUGGAAAGCAGUCACAUAAAGCACUGGCUAAAAUUGCUCCUUCAAGUGGAUCAUCAGAACGAAAGCUGAGAGUAAAAUAUUAA